GGCGAUGCUCUGAGUAACUGUUCUGUUGUGUUGCUCUUCAGUCUCGACCACCCGCUCAAGCUAUGGAUACCCUGCUCCACGCUUCCUCAUCAAUGGCCAAGCGACCUUGUCCUUCUCAAAACCCUAGAUUCCAAAACCUUCAUCAAGUGGACCAUCUCCUUGAAGCAUUCCUCGCCCUCGCUGAAUUCCCCGCUUUCUCCCUUCAUCUCUCCUUGGACAGGCUUCUCCACUCAUGGCCCGCCGAUGCCGAUCAGACCCUUCUCAUCGAUCGCGCCCUUAAAAUGGGCUCCGUCCUUCUCGAUGCCGCCAAUCACUCCUCCAGAAAGCGUGCUUCCUCCCACAAUUCCCUCGCCUGGCCUCUUCCUCCUGACCUUACCAUCAAGGUAUUUUCAAUACUUGAUACCCAGAGCCUAUGCCAUGCUGCAGCAACCUGUUCAUUCUUUAACAAAUGCGCUAAGGAUCCUUUGUGCUAUGCAAAUCUUGAUUUGACAACAACUGUUCCAAAGAUUAACAAUGCAGUAGUUUCCUCAAUGGUUCAGCGAGCUGGAAAGGCCCUACGGUCUCUUAAGCUUGGCGUGGUCCCUGGUGCUACUGCUUUGCCUGGAUCUCAGCCAUUGGCUUACACCAUCAGAAAUACUAUUGCAGAGGUAUCUAGCUUCUCAUGGAAUGAUAAGAGAUCCCGACAAGGGAGAGAGUCAUCCAUUCUUACAAGAUCCUGUUUAACCCCUUUAAAUAGGGAAAAUGGUGCUCCACGGGCUUUUUUGAGAAAGUUGCACCUGUAUAAUAUUGAGAGAAUGGACAACACAUCGCUCGCUGGGGCAUUAUCAGCAUGCCCAUCUCUCCUUGAUCUGGAAAUUGUUGGGCUUCAUGUUGAACUGAGGCACACAUUAGCGUCAAUAAGUGCGAAUUGCCCCUUGAUCGAGCGUUUGUUUUUUGAGUCUUCAAAAACAGGUAGGGAUGACAGUUUGAAAACACCAACCUGCAUGGACCUUGUAAGCAAGUGUCCUCGUCUAGCUUCUUUGUCACUAAGAGGGUUUAAGCUACAUGAUUAUAAAGUUCGCAUAUUGGUUAAGGGACUUCAGAAACUGAAGUAUGUUGAUUUUUCAACUUCCUAUUUUAUCACUGGAAACUUCUUGAGAAACCUUGGAAGCAGUACUAGUGGGACUUUGCUUGAAGUCUUAAUUUUAAGGGAUUGCAUGCAUCUGAAAGAGCUGGAAGUUGCUAGGUUGUUGAUGGCAAUUCUUGCUGGCGAUUUUAAAUCCCUUGUACAUCUUGACAUAUCCAAUAGGGAAGGCUUAGCAUCUGAGGGUGACUGGUACCGUAGGUGCUACAACUCUAGCAUCAUGCCAAUAAAGCAGGUUUUGGAAACAAGGUCUAAUAUGUGUUUGCUUGCUGAAUUUCCGUCAGAAGGAAGUUAUGUUGAGCCGUUUGACGUUGAAUUAAAUAGUGACAUAAGUCUACCAUCACAAUUGAGUAGCCAUACUUCAGAUGGGUCGAAUUUUAUGAGUACAUCUGAGAGCAGCUACAAUAGCGAUCAAGGUAGUGGCAACGAGGAUGGUCAAGAUGCCAGCUAUGUGAUUUAUGGGGAAAGUUCGGAUGAGAUAGAUUAUUUUACUUUGUAGGGGAUGCUCAAUCUAUGGCAAUUAUCGCACAACGCAACUAUUUAGUAAUUUCGCAUUCACAAGGAUAGGUUAGCUUUGUUUCGUAGGUUGACUUUGGGCCUCAUGUAUGGAAGGCUUAUCAGGGAACAGAUAAGAUGUUUUGGAAUGCUUUGGCUGACAAGUUGCAUCUAGUCUUUGCAUCUCCUAUGCUUAUCCCCAUAAAUAAGGUGUUCAGAAGCCCUUUUCCCAGGGAAACUAGUGCUAAUACUUGGUUUCACCUGCAAUAUCAAUUAUCGAGAAUGAAUGAACUAGGUGAGCUGCGGAGGACCAGGACAUUGACCUGUGGACUGUGGAUUUUUCUUCAACUUCCAUGUUCUGCAGCGUCUUUAUUGAAGCUUAGCAGCUGUGGACUUCUGAAUCUGCUAGAAGCUUGGAGGUUGGAUUACUUUUUGUAGUUGGCCUAUUUUUCGUGGAUCCGCAGAGCUCCGAUCAGACCCGCUUUUGGCCUUUUAGUUGUUCUAUUUUUUCAUAUUUGCAUUUGCAAAUAUGUUGGCACUUUUGGGGCUAAUAUCCUCUUCCUCUGCUGCUAAAAUAAAUAAUGAAAUCAUUUUUCCUCUGGAUUAGUUUAUAUAUAAUUAUGAAGAUCGUCAAUGUGCAUGGCUGUGUAUUUUCAUCGAACUGGGAAGUGCACAGGCAGAAUAUGUGGAAAGAAUUAUCAAGUUAUAUAUUCGUAACUACA